AACCGAGGCAGGAUGUACUAUGAAGAAAAAGCUAAUUCACACAAGCCACGUUAUGGAACCAUUCAGGACGAUGAGAGGAUCUCGGCAGAGGAGAUGGACGAGAGGAGACGACAGAACAUCGCCUACGAGUACCUCUGUCACCUGGAGGAGGCCAAACGGUGGAUGGAGGCGUGUGUAGAGGAGGAGCUGCCGCCCACCACAGAGCUAGAGGAGGGUCUGAGGAACGGAGUCUACCUUGGAAAACUGGCUAAGUUCUUCGCCCCCAAGAUGGUGUCUGAGAAGAAGAUCUACGACAGGGACCAGGCCCGCUACAAGCACACAGGACUUCACUUCAGACACACAGACAACACGGUGCAGUGGCUACGGGCCAUGGAAUCUGUAGGACUGCCCAAGAUAUUCUAUCCCGAAACGACAGAUGUGUACGAUCGCAAAAACAUGCCCAAGGUAGUGUACUGCAUACACGCACUAAGCUUAUACCUGUUCAAACUGGGCAUUGCACCACAGAUCCAGGACCUGCUGGGGAAAGUGGCCUUCACAGAGGAGGAGAUCAGUAACAUGCGGAGUGAGCUGGAGAAGUACGGCAUCCAGAUGCCAACCUUCAGUAAGAUAGGAGGCAUCCUGGCCAAUGAGCUCUCAGUGGACGAGGCAGCCUUGCACGCUGCUGUGUUUGCCAUCAACGAGGCGGUGGAUAAGGGUGAGGCGACCGUGACCAUGGGGGCGUUGAAGAACCCCAACGCCAUGCUGAGGAACAUUGGGGAAGAGCUGGCCCAGGACUACCAGGUUACACUGAGCCGGGCCAAGGCUAGCAAGGAGGACCAGGCCUCAGGCAGGCGCUCAUCUGUAGCCACAGAGGAGAGAGAUGUUUAUGAGGAGCUGCUGACCCAGCAGGAGAUCCAGAGCUGCAUUGACCUUGUUAACACCCAGGUGGCGGUGCAGCAGGUGAACCAGGCCAUCUCUGCCCAGGACGAGGCUGCUCUGCUGGCUGGGCUCAGGAUGCCCGCUCUGGGAAUGCUGGGGGUCCAGGAGGCAAACUCCCACUGGUACCUGGAGCACUUAACCUCCUACUGCGAAGUCAAGGAUGCUGGAGGUGCAAUGAUGCUGCAGAGGGAGGAGAUUCAGAGGGUGGUCAGCUCCACUAACGACUUUGCUGAGGCAGAGAAACGAAAACUGGAGGCCAUUGUAGCGAUCAACGCAGCCAUUCGUCAUGGCAUAGCAGCAGAGACGGUGGAGGAGCUGAUGAACCCAGAGGCCCAGCUUCCUAUUGUCUACCAGACAGCUGCCAACCUCUACCAGACCGAACUGUUCAGCCUGCAGAUACAGGGGGCAAAGGUAGGACUGGGGCAUGAAGAGCUGUGUGUGGCAGUAGAGAUGCUGUCUGCGGUGGCCGUGCUCAACGAGGUCCUGGACACCAAGGACCCCCAGGCUGUUACUGAACAGCUGACGGACUCUCCUCUGGGCUUCAGCAACAUGGAUCAGGACAACCUGCACAGGUAUGCAGACACUCUAAUCAGUCUCCGAGCAGAGAGCCUGUCCCAAGGCCUGGAGUUUCUCACCUGGAACGAUGUUCAGAAGACCAUCGACACUGUCAACCUACAGGUCCACGAAGAACACGAGCGUAUUAUUGCUAUAGCUGAGAUCAACGAGGCGCUGAGCUCUGGGGAUCCUGAACAGACCCUCUCUGCUCUGCUCCUGCCCACGGCCAAACUGCAGGGGGUAAACCCAGCAACAGCGAAACACUACCAUGACGUCCUGCAGAACACCAAGCUACUCAUCUGUAAGAGCUCAGGGGAUGAGUCUGCUGUGCUGUGGCUCGACCAGAUUCAAGAAGGGAUACACACAGCCAACCAAGAUGAAGAGGAGGCUCUCGCAUUGGCAGGAGCUGUGGCAGACAUCAACAGGGAGGUGGCGGAGGGGGACUCCCAGACCACCCUACAUGCCCUCCAGUCUCCCCUGGCAGGGCUGAGAGGGGUUCUGUCUGAGUGUGCAGACACCUACCAGACACAGCUGGCCCAGCGCCAGGACCUCAACACUACCACUGGCAGCAGUGAGUGUGUGUGGGUGAAACACCGUAUCAAGGACAGUUAUGACUACUACUACAACCUGGAGAACAGAGAGGGGACCUGGGAGGAGCCAGAGGACUUCACACACAACAGCACACAGCUCCGCAGAGAGGAAAUACAGAGUGUGGUUGGAGGCGUGACAGCGGAGUAUAACAGGGAACAGUUAUGGUUGGCCAACGAGACCCUGGUAACCCAGCUACAGGCCAGGAUCAGAGGUUACCUGGUGAGAAGAGCUCAUGCCCAGAGACUGGACUACCUACUACAACAACAGCCAUAUGUGGUCCGACUACAGGCCUCCUGGAAGGGCUACAAACAGAGGAAGGUAUACAAAGACAGACUCAACGUGUUGCAAAGCAACGUGGGGACUGUCGUCAAGCUUCAGUCAUUUGUUAAGAUGUGGAGAGCUAAACGUAAAUACACUCAAAGACUGCAGUAUUUCAUAGACCAUGAGAAAGAAAUAGUGAAGAUCCAAGCUUUCCUCAAGGCUAACAAAGCCAGAGACGACUACAGAACACUCACCGGGGCCCAGGACCCUCCUCUUUCGGUGGUGCGUAAGUUUGUCCACCUGCUGGAACAAAGCAGCCUGGACCUGCUGGAGGAACAGGAAGUGACACGGCUUAGGGAGGAAGUGGUCACGAAAAUCCGCUCCAAUCAGCAGAUGGAGAAAGACCUGAACCUGAUGGACAUUAAGAUCGGCUUACUGGUCAAGAACAGGAUCACCCUACAGGAUGUGGUGUCCCACAGUAAGAAGCUGAAGAAGAAGAGUAAAGAGGAGCUGGCUGCAGGGGACAGGCAGGGCAUCAAGGGCCUCAGCAAAGGCAAACGGAAGAAACUAGAGGCCUACCAGCACCUCUUCUACCUGCUACAGACCAACCCUUCAUACCUGGCCAAGCUGAUCUUCCAGAUGCCACAGAACAAGUCCACUAAGUUCAUGGACACAGUGAUCUUCACGCUGUAUAACUACGCUUCCAACCAGAGAGAGGAGUACCUGCUGCUCAAACUCUUUAAGACCGCUCUGGAGGAGGAGAUCAAGUCCAAAGUGGACCAGAUCCAGGACAUCGUGACCGGGAACCCCACGGUCAUCAAGAUGGUGGUGAGCUUCAACCGUGGAGCCCGUGGUCACAACACGCUGAGGCAGCUGCUGGCACCUGUUGUCAAGGAGAUCAUCGAGGACAAGGGCCUGGGCAUCAACACCAACCCUGUGGAUGUGUACAAGGCCUGGGUCAACCAGCUGGAGACCAAUACUGGAGAGGCCAGUAAACUGCCCUACGAGGUGACCCUGGACCAGGCCAUGUCGCACAAGGAGGUGCGCGCCAAGCUGGAGUCCUCCAGUCAGGCGCUGCGGACGGCCACAGACAAAGUGCUCAACUCCAUUGUGUCAUCACUGGAUAACAUUCCCUAUGGCAUGAGAUACAUUGCAAAGGUCCUAAAGCAUUCCCUUCAUGAAAAGUUCCCUGACGCUACAGAGGAUGAGUUGUUGAAGAUUGUAGGGAACCUGCUGUACUACCGUUACAUGAACCCAGCCAUAGUGGCUCCAGACGGCUUCGACAUCAUCGACAUGUCAGCCGGAGGUCAGCUCCACUCUGACCAGCGUCGUAACCUGGGCUCCGUGGCCAAGAUGCUGCAGCAUGCCGCCGCCAACAAGCUGUUCGAGGCAGACAAUGCCCACAUGAUCUCCAUGAAUAACUACAUCUCCCAGACCUACCAGAAGUUCAGGGUGUUUUUCCAGGCUGCGUGUGACGUCCCUGAGCCAGAGGAGAAGUUUAACGUGGAUGAGUACUCUGACAUGGUGACUCUGAGCAAGCCUGUCAUCUACAUCUCUAUAGAUGAGAUCAUCAACACACACUCGCUUGUGUUGGAGCACCUGGAGGCCAUCUCCCCCGACCACAACGACCUGCUGCAUGAGCUGCUGGAGGACCUGGGGGACGCGCCUGAUGUGGAGGCACUGCUGGGUGAAGGAGCCGUGGAUCCUAACCAUCCCAACAAGGAGAGCACCCUGAGUCAGCUGGCUAAGACGGAGAUCUCCCUUACACUCACCAGCAAGUUUGAGCUUCUGGAGGGAGAUGACAAGGACACGAAGGGCCUGAUGAUGAAGACUAAGAAGCUGAUAGUAGAUGUGAUCAGGAUCCAGCCAGGAGACACUCUCCCAGAGACCCUUGAGACCCCGGCCUCUGCCCUCCAGGAGUGUGAGCAUUCUAAGGUGGUGGCGCUGCGUGCGGUGCAGGACGCCCAGACCCCAGAGGGGCUGAAGAGCAGCCAGGCGGUGCUGGAGGACAGACAGCUGCCUCUGGAGCAGAAGAAGAGGAAGAUCCUCCGCAACCUCCGAACCCUGGAGCAGGCUGGCCUGGUCACCGCUAGCAACAAGUACCAGGACCUCAUCAACGACAUUGCCAAGGACAUUCGUUACCAGAGACGCUACAGACAGAGGAGGAGGGCGGAGCUGGUGAAGCUCCAGCAGGCACUGAGCGCGCUCAACUCCAAGACAGCCUUCUAUCAGGACCAGACCAACUACUACGACACUUACAUCAAGACCUGCCUCGACAACCUCAACAGGAAGAACACGCGGCGGUCCAUCAAGCUAGAAAGGAAGGUGGAGGAGAAGGGCAGUAAGAAGUGGAAGCAUCAGUCUCUGAAGUAUACAGCUGCCCGACUGCACGAGAAGGGAGUGAUCCUGGAGAUAGAGGGGCUGCAGACCAACCAGUUCAAAAAUGUAAUGUUUGACAUCUCUCCCAGUGAGGAAGUUGGGGACUUUGAGGUGAAGGCCAAGUUCAUGGGAGUUGAGAUGGAAAAGGUCCAACUCCAUUUCCAGGAUCUGCUCCAGCUGCAGUACGAGGGAGUGGCGGUGAUGAAGAUGUUUGACAAAGCCAAAGUCAACGUCAACCUGCUCAUCUUCCUCCUCAACAAGAAGUUCUAUGGAAAAUGAGGGAUUAUUGAACCAAAGAUGGAGGGGAGAAGAUUGAGUGGGCAUAGGUGUGAAAGGAUUGUGUGCCUUUUGACAAAGCAAGAAUUGAGAUCGGAUGUUUGAAUGGUGGUUAACGUGUUAUGUUCGUCUGACUGGCCACCCUCAGGCUGGUGAGCCACACACACACACACACACAUUUUAUUAAUCACUUUAUACCAAAAUGAAGCUCACAUUGAAAUGGGUUUGUUGCUUUUAUUGUCAUGUUAUAUCUGUUGCUUAAUUAUUGUAGUUUUUUUUCAUGUUCAGUUUUCCACUGGGUAAUUAAUUGUACAUGGAAUAUAUUUUUCAAAAGCAUAUUAUAAUGGCAUUUACAUUUUAUAUGUAGAAGUUAUAUACAGUGCAUUCGGAAAGUAUUCAGACCCUUUGACUUUUUCCACAUUUUGUUACUUUACAGCCUUAUUGUAUAAUGUAUUAAAUACCACAUAAUGACAAAGCAAAAACGGGUUUUUAGACAUUUUUGCCAAUUUAUUAAAAAGAAAAAACUGAAAUAAUACAUUUACUAAAGUAUUUGAACCCUUUACUCAGUACUUUGUUGAAGCACCUUUGGCAGCGAUUACAGCCUCGAGCGUCCUUGGGUAUAACGCUACAAGCUUGGCGCACAUGUAUUUAGGGAGUUUCUGCCAUUCUUCUCUGCAAAUCCUCUCAAGCUCUCAGGUUGGAUGGGGAGCAUCACUGCACAGCUAUUUUCAGGUCUCUCCAAAGAUUUUCGAUUGGGUUCAAGUCCGGGCUCUGGCUGGGCCACUCAAGAACUUUAAGAGACUUGUCCCGAAGCCACUCCUGCGAUGUCUUGGCUGUGUGCUUGACCCUUGACCCCAGUCGGAGGUCCUGAAAGUGCUGGAGCAGGCUUUCAUCAAUGAUCUCUCUGUACUUUGCUCUGUUAAUCUUUCCCUCGAUCCUGAAUAGUCUCUCUGUCCCUGCUGCUGAAAACCACCCCCACCACAUGAUGCUGCCACCACCAUGCUUGACCAUAGGGAUGGUUGCCAGGUUUCCUCGAGAUGUGACACUUGGCAUUCAGGCAUAGAGUUCAAUCGUGAUGUCAUCAGACCAGAGAAUCUUGUUUCUCAUGGUCAGAGAGUCUAAGUGCCUUUUCAUAACUCUAAGCGGGCUGUCGUACAUUUUACUGAGUAGUGGCUUCCGUCUGGCCACUCUACCAUAAAGCCCUGAUUGGUGGAGUGCUGCAGAGAUGGUUGUCUUUCUGGAAUGUUUUCCCAUCUCCACAGAUGCACUCUAGAGCUCUGUCAGAGUGACCAUCGAGUUCUUGGUCACCUCCCUGACAAAGGCCUUUCUCCACCUAUUACUCAGUUUGGCUGGGUGGCCAGCUCUAGGAAGAGUCUUGGUGGUUGCAAAACCUCUUCCAUUUAAGAAUGAUGGAGGCCACUGUUCUUCGGGACCUUCAAUGCUGCAGACCGUUUUUGGUACCCUUCCCCAGAUCUGUGCCUCGACCCAAUCCCCUCGGUGCUCUACAGACAAUUUCGUCGACCUCAUUGCUUGGUUUUUGCUCUGACAUGCACUGUCAACUGUGGGACCUUUAUAUAGACUGGUGUGUGCCUUUCCAAAUCAUGUCCAAUCAAUUGAAUUUACCACAGGUGGACUCCAAGUUGUAGAAACAUCUCAAGAAUGAUCAAUUGAAACAGGAUGCACCUGAGCUCAAUUUCGAGUCUCAUAGCAAAGGGUCUGGAUACUUAUGUAAAUAAGGUAUUUCUGUUUUCUUCAAACCUGUUUUCACUUUGUCAUUAUUGGGUAUUGUGUGUAGAUUGACGAGGAAAACAAUACAUUUUAUCCAUUUUAGAAUAAGGCUGUAACGUAACAAAAUGUGGAAAAAGUCCAGGGGUCUGAAUACAUUCCAAAUGCACUGUAAGUAAACACAUUGUUAUUGUCAAAAAAAAAAGUGUUUGGAAUUAGAUGUGUACAAUGCACUAUUGCCUAAUGGUCAGAAUGGGAGAUUGGACCGCAACAUUCCUAUCCAUCUAUAGCCAGCAUGGAAUGAAGUACAGUAGUUAACCAGUGCCUUUUUAAUCUACAUACAGUAAAUUGGGAAGCUGUGUAUCUUUUAAAGACUAUUAAUGAAGUUAUUCUUCCUAGUUUCACUGCUUUUUAAAAAGAUUAUACUGUCAAGUAUAAAUUAAAAUAAUUUCAAAUGUUUUAAUGAGGUUAAAUCAAAAUAACAGAUUUUUCUUGUUAGUUUUUAUAACAAUCACAGUUUUUAUAACAAUCACAGUGCUAUAAGAAAAUGAUUUUAAAAGAAUUGUGUGGUCAUCAAAUAAAUAAUAAAGCCUGAUUUGUUUUUUAACUGUCA